AUGAGAGAUCGUUGGAUAUCACAGGGGGCUUCGUCCCUGAGCUGUAUUAUUAACCUGAUGAAUACAAUCGUGGGCUCAGGCAUGCUCGCAUUUCCUCAUGCAUUAUCGCAGAUGGGUAUCGUACUCGGCAUCAUUGUAAUCCUAUGGUCAGGAUUAACGGCAGCAUUUGGAUUAUAUCUACAGACUCGAUGCGCUCGAUAUCUAGAACGAGGAGGAGCCUCGUUCUUUGCGCUCUCGCAGAUCACCUAUCCCAACGCCGCAGUUCUGUUCGAUGCAGCUAUAGCCAUCAAGUGCUUUGGUGUCGGUGUGAGCUACCUCAUUAUUAUUGGUGACCUGAUGCCCGGCGUCAUCAGAGGUCUAGGAGAGAGCUCAGAUGCCUCGCUGUACUUAGUCGACAGACAAUUUUGGAUCACGGCAUUUAUGCUUGUCGUCACUCCAUUGGCAUUCCUCCGUCGAUUAGACUCUCUCAAAUACACGAGUAUAGUUGCUCUAGUUUCUAUCGGUUAUCUCUUCAUAUUAGUCGUAUAUCACUUUACCAAGGGAGAUACCAUGGCCGGGCGGGGUGAAAUAAGAGUGGUCAAAUGGGCAGGCCUUAUUCCCACCUUGGAGAGCUUUCCCGUCGUAGUCUUUGCCUACACUUGCCACCAAAACAUGUUCUCUAUAUUGAAUGAGAUUCGCAAUAACUCUUUGAAAAGUACAACUUCAAUCAUAACCAUCAGUAUUGGCUCGGCGAGCGUAUUAUAUACCAUUGUCGCCAUUACAGGCUACCUCUCAUUUGGAAACCAGGUCUUGGGAAAUAUUGUGGGGAUGUAUGUCCCAUCUAUCGCCUCCACUAUAGGCAAAGCAGCUAUUGUAAUUCUUAGUGUCUUCUCAUAUCCUCUACAAGUUCACCCCUGUAGAGCAUCAGUCGAUGCGGUAAUUAAAUGGCGGCCGGCAAACUGGAGCUUGGCUCGAAAUCCUAUCAAUGCAUUGCCAUCACGAUCCAUGCCUCUCUUGGCAAGCCCGAGUCGGACGUCAGUUCGCAGUGAUUCUAUAACUGAACUCCGAUUUGCUUUCAUCACCACUGUCAUAAUUAUCCUCAGUUACACUGUAGCCAUGAUGGUCUCAUCUUUUGAUAAGGUCCUUGCUUAUGUGGGGAGCACAGGGAGCACCAGCAUCAGUUUCAUUCUACCCGGCCUGUUCUACUAUAAAAUAUCCUCACCUGAAUCCGCUCACCACCAGAGGCUCCAGAAGGAAGAUAAUGACGAUGAUGAUAGUGAGUCAGAGACAGGUACUGCGAGAACACGAAGAUCACGCUCCAACUCGCAGAAUUCAACAAUGUUAAGAAAGUUAUCUCUUGCGCUUGCUUUUUACGGAGUCAUAGUCAUGGGCGUUUGUUUAGGCACCAAUUUAUUUGCAGGUUCCGCGCAUUAA